AUGUACUAAGAUUUUAAUAUAUAUUCCAAUAAAGUANUAAUCACUUAAAUUGAUUAAAAAAUUGAUCUCCAUUAAGCAAAUUAAUAAGUUAUUGAAAAAAUUAAAUAUAAAUACCUUCCAAAAAUAAAAGAACAAUUAAAAUUUUAAGAUUUCCCUGAUUUCAAUCCUUCAGAUUGGCCUAAAGAUGAUGAUCUUGACAAUCUUAAAAUUUAAUAAACUAAACUUUAAUCACCAAAACAAAUUUUUGUUAAAGAAUUGAAAGUUCAACCAAUGAGAAAUAUAACCUUUAAUUCUAAGGAUUUCAAUGAUCUUAUAUAGGAAUAAUUUCAAGUUGAUUCAUCUCAACAAAAAGAUCAUUCUCAAAAAUUAUUAUAAAAACCUAAAGUAGAUUCAAAUCUAUAAAUUUAAAGAGAAUCUUAAAUUCUUAAAUAUAAAAAUUCAAUAUUCAAAUUUCCAGAACUUAAUGAACAUUAAAUAAGACUAUUUAUUAAAGCUAGUAUUAUUUUAUUGAUAUUGACACCUUUAUUGCAAUUAUUUACUUUUAUAUUAUGA